AUGGCGCCGCUGCCGGCGACGAGGGCAGCUUCACCAUGCAUGCCGACGACGGCCGAGAGCGCGCUGGUUCCGGCCACGGUGUGCCCGCCGGCGCCGCGGAAGUCGGCACCGGCGCCGAGAAGGAAGCGUCGGCCGCGCGACCUCACCACCGUCUUCGUCGCCGUGCCGCAGUGCCCGCCGCCGGCGAUGAAAGAUGCUGGUGCUCGUUGUCAAACAGUCUGUUCCUCUAGGCAUAUGCUGCCGCGCGACAUUGUCCCGACCGCGAGUGCUGGAAAGAGUAGUGAAGCUUUAUUGAUAUCUCAUUCACACACAACACUAGCACUGAAGUUUAGCCGAACCAGUGGUCCUCCAUCUCUGUUGGAGCUGAAUCCCUCGGCUCCUCUCUCUCACUAUAUCUCUAUUGUUCCUCUCAACAUGUACAGAUACACGAGUUUUGUUUUGGUGACUUGCUGCCUCACACCGCCAAAAUACCUUUUCUAUUGUUGA